CAAUCUGGCAUUCAGAGUGUGUCUGUUCGUCGGUGUGUUUCGACAGUCGAUGUACGGCGAAAGCAUUCUAGCGGACGUGAAAAUGAUGAAGCGGUUGUCAGACAGGUGCUUGCAAGUCAAGAGGAUGAUCCGGUGGGGAGCUGUCGCAGUCACAGCAUCACUUCGGGAAAGUUAGAAGACCCGAUCGGGUGGUUUGGACUGACCGAGGGGGUAAUGGAUGGGCAUAUUUGUGUGUUGAUAGAUAUGCUCUACAAGCAGUUGAUUCUUCCGGUAUCAAAGUGA